AUGGACAAUAAUGUGGAAACUCCAAAUGCUCUGCCAGCGCCUACGCCGUCCCUUCCUAACGGACUCCCUCGCACAGCGCCUACGCCGUCCCUUCCUAACGGACUCCCUCGCACAGCGCCUACGCCGUCCCUUCCUAACGGACUCCCUCGCACAGCGCCUACGCCGUCCUUUCCUAACGGACUCCCUCGCACAGCGCCUACGCCGUCCCUUCCUAACGAACUCCCUCGCACAGCGCCUACGCCGUCCCUUCCUAACGGACUCCCUCGCACAGCGCCUACGCCGUCCCUUCCUAACGGACUCCCUCGCACAGCGCCUACGCCGUCCCUUCCUAACGGACUCCCUCGCACAGCGCCUCUGCCGUCCCUUCCUAACGGACUCCCUCGCACAGCGCCUCUGCCGUCCCUUCCUAACGGACUCCCUCGCACAGCGCCUACGCCGUCCCUUCCUAACGGACUCCCUCGCACAGCGCCUACGCCGUCCCUUCCUAACGGACUCCCUCGCACAGCGCCUACGCCGUCCCUUCCUAACGGACUCCCUCGCACAGCGCCUACAGCGUCCCUUCCUAACGGACUCCCUCGAACAGCGCCUACAGCGUCCCUUCCUAACGGACUCCCUCGAACAGCGCCUACGCCGUCCCUUCCUAACGGACUCCCUCGUACAGCGCCUACGCCGUCCCUUCCUAACGGACUCCCUCGCGUAGCGCCUACGCCGUCCCUUCCUAACGGACUCCCUCGCACAGCGCCUACGCCGUCCCUUCCUAACGGACUCCCUCGCACAGCGCCUACGCCGUAUCCUUCUCUCAGCCCUCUGCACCUCAGCCUCAUUUUGAUUCUUGUGUUUGUGUUGCAGUUUGGCUAUAGCUCACAGCUACGCCACUUCCUGUCCUUCUUCGUGGACUAG